UCAGACCCUCAGAUGAAAGAGGGGUACCAGAAGGGGGUCAGAGCUCGGGAAACUUUUUUCCCUUCUCUCCAGACCCCCUGAGAGUAACGCCGAGCUGAGAAGGGUCGGUAAUCACACCUGGUGCUGAUGCCGCAGAGAUGGCAUCCGCUUCAUGCUGUGACUGAUGCCGUGUCUCGGCUAUCACAACUCCUAAGGCAGUUGGUCUCGUCGGAUUGUGUCUUGGCGUGUGCGAUCGGAGGGGGAGAUGGUUUUGGUCCUUUUGGAUGUAUAUUGGGAGUAAGGGGUGCUGUGGCGAAAGGAGAGGGUGGAAAGGAUGUCAGAUUUGAUGAUUUGCUUGAUGAAGACGAUGAGGAAUUUACUGGGUUCGAGGACCCGAUACAUAAGCUGCGAACCUCUAGCGAAGCACUCGGCGACUCCACUGUCUCGUUGUCGUCGGUUUUUCCCUCCGCUUCGAUGUCCACGUCGGCGAGCAAGGUCGCGGGAGAUGUUUCUGUCGUCUUUGAGCAUGAUCUUGGCGGGAAAGGGCUAAAAUUUGAGCCCUGCGGAGAAUUCAUGGCGCGCGGCAAACCUUCUGCCGAUCCCCAGUCUCUGUUCCUUUUUGUCUCCAGACAUCCAUGGACGUCUCAGCAGCAGAAGGAUUUCUUGGAACUACUGGAGUCUGAUGGUGUCUAUCGCAUUCGUGUGCCGACCAACUUCUGGAAGCGCGGGAACGAGACUGUGAUGUCCUAUGUGAAGGCGCGGUGUUUGGCAGCUGCGGGUUUCCAAGAACGCUUUGAGUUUGUUGUGGACUAUACGGGGAACGUGGUGGCGGUGAACUACUUGCUGCCAGAUGGUGCUUGCCAUCCUCUCUCUUCUGUGAAACCAAAGUCAUGGAGGUUCAGCAGCAAAGCUGUUCUCAAGCCGUGGACAACAGCUACUGGGCCAUUGGUUACUGCGGAAGGAGAUCCUAUGGCAGACACUCAAGAGGGAGAGCGACCUAAGAAGAAGGAGGAGAAAUCGUUCUUUGCCAGAUACUGGAUGUAUAUUGUGCCUGGCGUGCUUGUCUUCAUGAAUGUUAUGGCCCAAGCAACUGCUACUCUGGAGCAGCAGCAGCAACAACAACAACAGGGAGCAGAAAGAAGUGUUCAAAGGCCAGGAGGUGCGGGCAUGCAUGGGGGUGGAGCGGGGAGGCGACGAGCAGUGCAAUAGAGGAAAGAGAGACUCUCGCAUCUGUGAAUAAGCCAUUGGAGGGACAAUUCCAGAGGGAGAGAGAGAGAGAGAGAGAGAGAGAGAGAGAGAGAGAGAGAGAGAGAGAGAGAGAGAGAGAGAGAGAGAGAGAGAGAGAGAGAAUAGUUGAUAGAAGGCGGCUUUGAAUAUGUCAUUGGCAAAAUAUUAUUUUUUGUGUUUCUUCUUCAGUGAUCAUUUUUGUGGUUUAGUUCUCUCGGUGUUUGAUAAUCUGGCAUGGUCUUCUUUCUGUAUCAUUAUCAACGCAUGAUAUUUUCCUCCGCUGUUCUAAGUGUCGUGGGUCUACCCCGGCUACUUGAGUGUUUUUCCCCGCUGCAACCCUCUUAAAGUCACGGGCGCAGGUAAGUACCGGCCCUUCAGGGCCUCCAAAUGAACAAGUACCCUUGCG